UAUGAAUCCCUUAUCCACUUAGCCUCUCACGUAACAAAAGUAUAAAAAAUCCAAAACUUAGGAGAAGAAAACCACCGCAUUCAAAGCACUGGCUGAAACAAUCAUGAGCUCCACCAUUUUAAAACCAUGGAUUCACAGUAGUUAUCUUCAAGCCACCAAAUUUGGAAACUACCCAUCUUCAAUACUGCUUAAACGAAGCUCAAACAGUACCAGCCUUUUCAACACUGGCUGCCAGCAGAUUGAUGAAGGAAGCAAGAGUCAUACAAGGGGAGGUUUAGUUAAAGUGCAUGGUUUACCAGAUUGGCCUCUAAUGGCGGUUUUAGUUCAUCAGGUUCAACAACUUGAUGCCCAGAGAGAAAUUAUAACCAAUAAAUCUGUUUGGCAUCUGAGUGAUGAUGCCAUUAAAACCGUUUAUGCUUUCUACAUCAUGUUCACUUGCUGGGGAUGUCUGUUCUUUGGUUCCACCAAGGAUCCGUACUAUGAUUCUGAAGUAUACAGGAAAGAUGGAGGAGAUGGUACUGGACAUUGGGUUUAUGAAAAGCAAGAAGACAUUGAAGAAUCUGCAAGAGCAGAGUUGUGGCGUGAAGAGCUGAUUGAGGAGAUAGAGCAGAAGGUUGGAGGGCUGCGAGAAUUGGAAGAAGCUGGCCGCAAGUAGAAGCUUCAUAUAUAUAUAUAUAUAUAUUGAACCAUUACAUACCUGCAGAUAUGUUUUAUAUGUACAUCGACAGAAAGAAGCUAAAUAUUUGGGUAGUAUUUUACUACAAACUUUUUACAUGCUUCAAAUGAUGAUUAUGAGCAUAAUUUUAGUUGUUG